AAACAAGAGCGCGCUGUCAAGUGGCUCCAAACCGGCGGAUCCAUCAAGCAUGUUCUACAGUGCAUCAAAGUACACAAAAUCGUUUUCUGAUAAAUAAAAUUAACACGAAUACAAUAGUUAAAAUAUGUUCAGUAAUUAGAGAAACGAACGAUUCAAAAUCGGAAUAACACACCCCGAACAUGUGCGUGUGUGUGUGUGAAAAGCAACAAAUGUUUCUUUUAUUUUCAUAUGUGUGCGUGUGCUGAGUUUUGACAAACCUUUGCCGACAAACAGCAGGCUGUCUUGUUUUCAUCGCGACGGAUGCGUCGAACGCACGUAAAAAUUAAAACGAACUGAACGGAGAAUUAUUCGAAAACAGCAUGGCCUCGUCGCGUGACAAAAGAUCCGGCAGUAUCUACAAGUUUCGUGAUGCACUGAUAAAGAAGAUAGAGAAGGAGUUUGAAGAAGAAGAAAGAUUGUUGCGGUUGCAGCGUGAAAAGCAAGCAAACAAUGAACCAUCUGAAGAAGCUGAGCCAAGCGCACUAAUGUUGACUUGCGACGAUGAAGAUCCAUUCGCUGACCCCAGCAACGCAACGACCGCAGACGUAGUGAAGGUGCUGCGAACCUUGUCGGUCCAGAUCGAGCAGCUUGCUUGUAAGCAGGAUACAUUCCAACACCAGCUAGACGAAACAAAGAGCCGUGUGACGAAGCUGGAUAGAAGACUGAACGAAGUGCUUUACAUGGCUGAAGCGGUGAAGGACGAGUUGAUGUCUGACGAUUACCAGAAGGCGACGGAGCAGAUCGUUACACCCGUUCCCGGGUUUGAGUUUCAAGCAGUAAGCAACGAGACAGAGCUAAAAGAUCUAGACCACAGACUGGCUACGGACGAGGCGUACAGCAGGAACCUCACCAAAUGGCUGAACGCGAAGAUAUUACACCCGGAUCCAAACCAUCGCUUACAUCAAGCGAUGGAGGUGGUUUUCCAGCGCGAGUUUCUGCCGUUGUGUAGUUGGAAGGGGCGAGCCAAACCGGGGCAAUUCAGAAUAUCCAUGAGUGCCCAAAAGUUCAUAAUGGAAUUGUUUCGGGUGGUUGGAAGUAAUCGGUUCAUUACUAUUUCAGAUGAAUUUGUGGCCAAAUUCUUUAUUAAGAAACUACCGUUUGCCAAGGCGCGGCUCAACUUGAAAGGUUAUAGAAGCCGGUAUGCAAUAAAAAAUCCUAAAUAGCCGAUGUAAACUCAAA